AUGUCAAGAGGGAAAACGGUAAAUCCACGUGUUGCACCACCUCGCAACCUACAAGUAACAGGUGAUUGUACCAGCAAGAGCGUUACAUUUGUAUGGACACCUGUACCAACAGCAACUGGUUACAAAAUCGAAGAACUGACAUGUUUGGGUAGAUAUCAGCAAAUUGCCGUUGUAAAUAAUGGUGCUACAAACCAGUACGUGCAUCAGUCGAAGUGUACGCAGUGUUUCGGACAUCGUUAUGCAAUGGCUGCAAUAGAUUGUGAGGGUGUUGGUAAUUAUUCAAAAGCAAUUCCACUAUCGUAUGCCGCCCAUUCAACGUCUAUUGCCUCCACAAGCUCUGUGCUGGAUAAAGUAACUAAAGUUUUCAGUAAAUCUACGACACCUAAUCAGCCGACAACUACAACUUGCUGUUAUGCUGGUGCUAACACCAAAAUUACUUUGGCUUCACCGAAUCGUUACGCUAUGUUUGUGGAUCAAAUAUCAGCGAACAAGUUGAAUUUAAUAUCUGUACGAAAAGGUGAUUUAACAGCAGAAAAGAUAAAUAGUAUUUCUGGUUUAAAUGAUCCACCGCUGCCUAUUUUCCCAUUAAAGGUGGAUGUAAUUGUCGUCUGUUCAUCAUCAAGAUAUUUAAAAGAAGCAAUACUUAAAGCAGCUGGUGACACUGUAACAGAUGAAUAUAAGAAGUUACUUGAUGCUACACAAAAUAAUGCUGCAACAAAACUUAUUUCCACGUCCCCCGGUCAACUGCCAUGUAAACGGAUUUAUUUCUUACCAUGGAAACUAGAAUCAGAUAUCACCAUUCUCCGACAAUCAAUUAUUGAAUUUGUUUCCACUGCCAUACAAAAGGCUCUUAGAGAUAAAUAUCAAAGUAUUGCAUUUCCAGCUAUUGGCUGCGGAAAAUAUAAAUGUGCUACCGAUGUAGUUGCUGAAACGAUGGUACAAGAAGCACAUAAAUCAAAUCAAAUAAGUGUACAUUUUAUUAUUCAAGUACAGCAAGAUUAUAUCUAUAAUGAAUUCCAUAAACAACUCCAACAACUCAACAUCAGCAACAAAGAUGAACAGCAACUAAUCAAUGAAAAUAAAAUUGUUACAAAUAUUGCCAAAGGAACGAUUGAAGUUAAUAAAGGUGACCUUACAAAACAAGAGGUAGGUAAAGUCCUUUCUAGGAGUGAAUAUCGCGAUGUGCCUCAUGCCAUUCUGGUUCAUAUUUUACCGAUCGAUAGAAUCGAUAAUGAUCAGAAAAAUCCUUUCGACUUGUAUGCCUUUCCUUUAGAGAUUUGA